CAUGUCUAUCAGGGCAACAAAAGCGGAAGAAGUAAAAUCAAGGAGAUCGGACGAAGAAAGACUUCUUCAUUAUCUUUUCGCGGAAUACAAUCCGAGUGCCAGACCUGUGAUCGAUAGUAAUAAAACGGUACCAGUCGCUAUGCAAUUCUCCUUGCUUCAUAUGCAGGAAUUGGAGUGGGUUGACGAAAGACUACAAUGGAAUUCUUCCGAGUAUAAUCUAGAUGAACUUGUAAUUGAAGCAAAAAAAUUAUGGGUUCCUGAAUUUGCCGUUAUAAAUGGAGCGGAAGAGAUCUACGGUGACUAUCGGGAAUUUCGCGCUAUCAUUAAUCAGACUGGGGCAGUUCGAUGGGAGCCCGGUGGAGUAUUCAAGACCAUGUGCGAGAUAGACAUCACCUAUUUUCCUUUUGAUGAGCAGCAAUGUUCACUGGUUUUUGGUGCCUGGUCCUACCAUACAAGCAAAAUGAAUUUGACCAAUAUGGAAAAUAUCGUAAACUUAGACAGUUAUGAGAAGAAUGGUGAGUGGGAAAUAUUAAAUACAACUGUUUGGAGAGACGAAUUCUUCUAUGAAUGCUGUCCUACUGAAAAAUUUUCAAACAUCGCUUUUUGGAUAAGAAUGCAACGACGUUAUACAUUUUACGUAAUGAAUGUCAUUUUACCAUCAAUGGUCACCAGUAUUCUCCUCCUUUCCAUCUUCUACUGCCCCCCGGGUCAGAAAGUUCAAAUUGGCGUCGUAGUCCUCCUCUCCUUCCGCAUUUUUCUACUAAACGUCACCGACAGUAUUCCCAAGACGUCUGACCACAUUCCCCUCCUAGGUAUAUAUCUCACUUGUACGAUGGCGGUCACUACAUUAUCUAUGGUAUUGACAGUUCUCGUACUUAAUCUGCAUGCUAUCACCGAUAGACCAGUCCCAAGAUGCCUCAAUAUAAUAUUUUUAAAAAUUUUGGCUAAACUCUUUUGUGUUUGCUCUCCUCUCGACAUCAAGCAACAAGAAAGAAAUAAUAUUGGUCAUAAACGGCAAUUCCAUCGAAUGUCUAGCCCAAUAAGAGCUUUGAGAGACGAAUGCGAUGUUACAGAUGAACAAGUUCCUAUCAUUGCCUUAAAUGGUUGUACUGCAUCAUCUUCUACAAAUACCGAAAAGGAAACAAGUUUUAUUUACGUCCGUAAAUCCGAAAACAAGCCUGACGCAGAAAAAGCAGAAGAGGACUAUACCAAAGAGUGGCAUGCCCUAGCUGAAGUUGUUGACAGACUGUUUUUUUGGACGUUCUUGAUCACGAUCAUUGCAAUAAGCGUCCUCUUAUUUCAUCCUCUAACGAGGAAUUUUAAGGCUCGUUUUCCAUUCCACACAGUUUGA